AUGAUGUAUUCAUCGUGGAAGAAUGACCCAUCUUCUGUGCAUCUUUCAUGGCAGGCGUAUUUCCACAACGUCGAGAAUGGCCAUAUACCCAUGGACCAGGCAUUUAUGUCGCCUCCAGGGCUAGUGACGGCAUCGACGAGGACAUCAAUCGCACCUAGUUCGCGAGAGGAUAGCUCUACUGUCAAACAAUUGAAGGUAAUUCAGCUGAUCCAGGCGUAUCAGAGAUGGGGACACGAGCACGCAUCUACUGAUCCGCUGGGAAUGGCGAACGAGGGAAAGAUUUGUCGGAAAGAACUGCAAUUGAGUCAUUAUGGGCUCAGUGAGCAAGAUCUUGAUCUCGUGCUCACCGUUGGGACAGGCUCUGUGCAGGAUUUCACGUCCGAGAAGCCCAAACCCCUGUGGGAGGUUAUCGCUGCCUGUGAGAAGACCUAUUGCAGCACGAUGGGGAUCGAAUACAUGCAUAUCUCGAAUCAGGAGCAGGUGGACUGGAUCCGGGCUCGGAUUGAGGGGGCGCAGCGCCAUCGGUUCACUGACGAGGAGAAGCGACGUAUGUUGCAUGGUCUUGUCCGCGCUACUAGUUGGGAGAAGUUCGUUGCGACUAAGUUCCCGAAUGAGAAACGGUUCGGGUUGGAUGGUGUUGAGAGCUAUAUUCCUGCGCUGGAGACUGCGAUUGAUAGGUCGGCUGAACAUGGGGUUGAUAAGAUUGAAAUGGGAGUUGCGCAUCGUGGCCGCAUGAAUAUGCUGUACAACAUUGUCGGGAAGGAUGGGGCGUCCAUGUUCCGUGAUUUCGAUCCCAAGGGAACCUCCUCUUGGGGUAUUCCCGGAGAUAUCAAAUAUCAUUACGGUGGUAGUGGUGAGCGUGUGACACCUUCCGGUAAGAAAGUGUAUAUGAAUGUGUUGCCUCAGCCAUCGCAUUUGGAUUCGGUGAACCCGGUCGCUAUGGGUAAGACGCGCGGGAUCCAGGAUCGUCUUGCAGAUGAACGGGAGUCCACAAUGAUGCUGAAUGUGCAUACGGAUGCGUCCUUUGCCGCUCAGGGCACUAUAUACGAGACUUUGGGGCUGUCUGGUUUACCCGGGUAUACUACUGGCGGCACCCUGCGCGUGAUUGUAAACAACCAGGUCGGCUUCACGACGGAUAUGUGGCUAAGAUGCUGGAUGCACCAGUAUACCACGUCAAUGGAGACGAUGUCGAAGCGGUUUGCUCGGCGGCGAUUCUUGCAGCUGAUUUCCGCACACGAUUCAAGAAAGAUUGUGUGGUCGAUAUUAUUUGCUAUCGGCGCAACGGACACAAUGAGGUGGACCAGGCUUCUUUCACUCAGCCUACUAUGUACGAGCGGAUUGCCAAUAAGGCCCAUAUCCUAG